CGUUGGAAACAUGGCGCUGUGCAUAGCUCGGGUUUACAGCAGGCAGUCUACUCAGAUAGCCCAGAGGCUGCUGGUGGCAGCAUGGCAGCAGGGUAGUUGGCGAGCUCAUCAUACCCCUGGCACUUCUCUGGAAUACAUCCCACGACGAGCCGUCCUCUACGUACCAGGCAAUGAUGAGCGCAAACUCAGGAAGCUCACCUCUCUGAACGUGGACUGUGCUGUUCUGGACUGCGAGGAUGGUGUCGCCCUUAACAAGAAGGCAGAAGCACGGGAAACAAUCCCAAAGAUGCUGGCUGAGCUGAAUCUGGGGCGCACUGAGAAAUGUGUGCGGGUGAACUCCGUGUCCAGUGGCUUGACUGACGCUGAUUUGGAGGUCAUUCUACAGGCAGAGGUCCUGCCCCCGGCACUCAUGCUACCAAAGGUGGAGGACACAGAGGAAGUGCAAUGGUUUGUUGACAGAUUUCAGCAGCGCUUAAAAGGCCGGAUGCUGAUGGAACCCAUUCGCUUCAUAACCUUUGUGGAAACUGCUGUUGGGUUGCUGAAUUUUAAGGCUGUGUGCGAAGUGGCUCAGCAGCUCGGACCGAAAGUUGGUCUGCAUCAUGAUGGAGUAGUCUUCGGCUCUGAUGAUUUCUGUGCCAGUAUAGGUGCAACAAGGACAAAGGAUGCCCGAGAGCUGCUGUAUGCUCGUCAGAAAGUGGUGGUCACCACCAAAGCCUUUGGCCUGCAGGCUGUUGACCUUGUGUAUAUUGACUAUCAGGACGGAGAAGGGCUGCGGCAGCAGGCCAGAGAGGGUGCACUCAUGGGCUUUACUGGGAAGCAAGUCAUCCACCCAAACCAAAUCAAGGCUGUUCAAGAGGAGUUCUCGCCCAGUCCAGACAAAGUUAUUUGGGCCACUGAGUUAAUCACCGCAUUUGAGGAGCACCAGAAGCUAGGAAAGUGUUGCGCUUUGUUCUCUCUAGGGUGCAUUCACCUUCCGUGGCAGCAUGAUUGACAUGCCAUCGUUAAAGCAGGCCCAGAACAUCGUCACCUUGGCCAGAGCUGUCAUGGGCAAGUGAGCCAAACUGGGCAGCCAUAUCUGUCACUGUGCGGGACAUCGGACAAAAAACUGUUAACCUCAGACAGAUGCGUGCCCUCUCAGACCAUUAACUGUGGCUCAUCUACGGCUCUAUAUGGCAGUACUGCAUGGCCUGAUGGGAGUAUCUUCAAUGUCAAAGAAGUGAUUAUGAGAAUUGUUUCCUUAAUUUCAUUUUUGUAUAUAAUGCACACUAAUUAUCCAGUUUAUUUGUUAAACCUACCUUGUACUUUUCAGGUACAGCUACAUACAAGUGUACAAUUACUCACUGUAGCCCCUCCUACUCCAUCCAUUAGUGGGAAGGUCCUACCUCAGGACCACUACUAACUGCAUAUUAUUAAGAUGGUGGGCCAUUCACAGCACAGCAGUAACACUGGCACAGCAGUGUGGGUAAUGUGUAUCAACAUGCUCUACUGUAGCGCAGAGCUCAGAUCUUAAAUGGGUUUUGUCUACUUUUUUGUUAUUAGUCCACACGAUUGUAUAACUAAUGUAUAUUACAGGAACAAUUGUUCAUCUUUUUGCAUGUACACCUUGCACUCCUUAUAAUCUAGACCCACUGAUAAACAAAGAGACCAGCAAGGUUUUUAUUUUGUUUAUUUAUUUAUUUUUGAUUUUUUUAAAACACCCCCCCAGUCAAAAACUGUUAUUUUUGGUGAGCCUGUGCUGCCUUUUCUUGACUAGCAUUAAAGGAACAUGCUGUAGGUCUUCUCCUGUUAUAGGCCAUCCACCUUCAUGUAUUGUGACAUGCAUUCUGAGAUGCUUUUCUCCUCGACUCGGUUGUAUAGAACGGUUAAUUGAAUAACCACAGCCUUCCUGUCAGCUCAAACCAGCCUGAUCCUUCUCCUCUGACCUCUCUCGUCAUUUCUACCUGCAGAACUACUGCUGCUCGCUGGAUGCUUUUGCUUUUUGCACCAUUCUCUUAAAAUGUACAGACUGUUCUGUGUUUAAAAAAAAAAAAAAUCUGAGGAGAUCAGUUUCGAAAAUACUCAAACCAGCCCAUCUGACUCCAACAACCAUGCCACAGUCAAUGUCACGGAGAUCACUUUUUUUUUUUCCCUCUGUUCAGAUGUUUGAUUUGAACGUUAACUGAAGAUCUUGGCGUUUAGCUGUAUGAGUUUAUGCUUUGCCACCUGAUUUGAAAAAUUGCAUGAAUGUGCAGAUGUUCCUAAAAAAGUGGCCGUUGUGUGUAGUUGGUUUACCACAUAAAAUGGGUGUAGCGAAUAAACUGGACUCUAAAUGUAUACGUGUGUGUCUGUGUAUGAGAGAGAGAGAAAAUGUCUGUAGCCUUGCAGUAUAACUCAACAGUAUGUGGUGUGUGUGUGUGUGUGUUUGUGUGCAUAUAUAUAUUCCUACCUCCCUUGGGUCAGCUCCUGGGCCAGGGUUUGACGUGUCUGGGGAAAGGGCAAACAAACACUUAUUUCCCCAUUCAGCCCUGAGGCUCCUCCAGGCUCAACCAGGCCGCAGCACAUCAAAGCAGCGUUUGCCAAAGAGCCGCCAUAAAUGUCCUUAAACCCACAGUGAGCGGAGAGCCAGCGGCCCACUCCAAACCACAGGCCUUUGUUUAGGAGGGCACUCUGAGCCGCUGAAGUGGGGGGUAUGAAUACAUCUUGAAACAGGCAUCAGCUCUAAGCUGACCUGCGUGGCAACAUGACACACUUACACUCAUUCUCUCUCUCAGAAACACACACACUGCAGGGGAUAGUGUUUGUCCACUUUGUUGUAAGUAAAUAGCCACAGUUUCCCACAUUUUGCACUGCUUUGUUGCUUCAGCCUUGUGGCUUGCAGAGAUUCCUGGGCAGCGGACUCCAUCCGUCGAGCCUAUGAAUUGCUUGCUUUUUAUCCUGAACAUGCCCAGGAUCUGGGAGAACAUGCUGCUAUUGUCCUUUAUACAAACCUUCAAGCCUGCUGCUUGUUAAGAAAGUUCUUUCCAAAAUAAAUCUCCAGGAUUGUACUUCAAAUGAA